CCGGCGCUGUCAGGACAGGAAGAGGCUCCACCUACUGCCCGGAAGGGGGAACUGGGUGACGCGGCGCUGCUGUUCCUGCACCAGGCACACAGGGCUCGCAGGCCCCCGCCCCCGGGGAGUAAGGAACUCUCGAUUCUUGCAGAGUCGUUGCCAAGUGCCUGGACGAUACCGUGCCCUCACAGGAGCCAGAAGUGAAGCCUGCGGGCCUUGAGCACAGCACCCUGGUGUCCUGUUCCCCGAGCGACGUGGCCUGGGUCUGCUCGGCAUGUUGGAGGUUCUGAUCUCAGUGAACAAGACACCUGGCAUUGCCUGAAUGAUGUCGGCUCGGCAUGGACAUCUUGUGCAUCUUUGGUGAAAAGGGACCUCAAUGUCAGCUGCAGUUUGCCAGGGCAACCAGACUUCCUGAGCAUGGACCAGGGGAGGUGAAAAUGGCUGGACCCCUUGUGUGAGAAGGAAGGCUUCUCCCUGCGGGGCCUGCACUGUGGCAGGCAAGGUGAGCAGGCUGUCCGGGGCAGCUUGUCUGCUGUCUGCGGCAGUGUGUCUGUCUGUCUGCUGUCUGCGGCAGUGUGUCUGUUUGUCUGCUGUCCGGAGAAGUGUGUCUGUUUGUCUGCUGUCGGGGGCAGUUUGUCAUCUAUGCAGGGCACCAACCCCCUGUCUUUCUAGGAGCCUGGCACACAGGAGGUGCUCAGUAAAUGUUUGCUAAAUGACUCAACUUAUUUCAGUAUCUUAGUUUUUUCUGCUGGGGGUGGUGGAGGUGACGGAAUAAUAUUCAACUCCAAAAAUGUACAUUAAGCAUCGGUAUGGCUUAGACAGGCCAGGAGCCACCUCCCGUGGACAAGCCCAGGGAGCGGCUUCACGGAGAGGCUGCCUGCGGACGGUGCGUCCCUGGAGAAUGAGCAUGAGAGGGAGGCCGUUCAGACAGAAACCAUGCUUGCUAGAAGUGGGGGAAAUGGCUUCUCUCCCAGGGCUUUCAAAUUUGGCCUCUUGUGCCAUCCUUGUCUGGGAUGUUUUGGCCCAUGUUUCAGCUCUAUUUUAUCUGUGUGUCCCAAGCCAAUGGGUAGCCGGAGAGAAAGCUGCCCGAGGCCUCCACCGUGGGCCCUGGAGCCUGGGCCACCAUGGAGGCAGGGCAGGAGUGGGCCACACUGUCCCCUUGGGGAGCCAGCGUUUGGGAAACUGGUCACCGCCUGGCCAGCGCGACUUGUGUGGGGCAGAGGCACUGAGGCUGGGGAGCGCAGGCUGAUUCUGCUGCUUGAGAGGCCGGUGCAGAGUCCAGAGCAGGAGGAGGGAGGUUGGCGUGGCUGUGGCUGCGAGGCUCUGGUGUGGGGAAGGAAUUGGAAAAGGCACAGCCUAAUCUGGGCAGCGGAUGAGGCCGCCUGGCUGCAGGCUGCCCUCAGCAGCUACACGAGCCCUCACUCACAGAGGGCCUGGCUGGCUUCGAAACCCUGCCGCAGAUUCCUUCCCUUCCCGUGGUUUGUUUCUGGAAAGUGGAAACAAACUUGGGGGGAAUGCCAGGAAUGUGAGGCAGAAAGUCCCCCCACACCUGGGUUCCCCCUAACUCCUGGGAAGCUGUACGGGAGACACUCUGGUUUUCCAUGCCUGUCUUCACACAGGUCCUUCGGUUCCCUGGGGUGCAGUGCUCCACUAGGAGCUAACCCAAGCUCGGAGGAGCCUGGAGACCGGGCAUCUGCCUCCAUCCCAGCCAGAGAGCAGGGCGGGGACUCCCAGCAGCCUGCUCGCUUCUUGGCGCCUCUCCCUGGAGCACAGUGUGCGGUGCUGGGGACCUCAUCAGCUGCUCAGGCGACAGUCGAGGAGGGGCUAUGCUGGCCUCCCCCUCAGACAGCAUGGGGGCCUCCUGCACUCUCCGCCCUCAGCUUCCAUCUUUUCUUGGGCUUUGUUACGUGGAUCCAUCCUACCUGGCCCAGUCCUUGUUCCCCACUUCUCUUUUCUCUACACCUCCAUCUUGAACCAGGUGGAACAGCCACCUCACAUCAGUCAAGCUGCCGUUGGCUUCAACAACACACCAACUGGAAGAAAUGCGCUUUGCUGUCCACAGAGUUCUCCUUGGGACCAUCCUGCCCUGAGGCCCAGGGUCAGCUCUAGUUUUAACAGGGGGACCCCAAGUUCUCCAGUGUGAGACUGAUGUGGAGACUCAAGACAGAGCCCAACCCUGGACUUCAAGUCACCUGGAUGGUGUGGGAGGCCCAGGGGGGCUGCUGGCGACCCUGUGCUCCUCACGGCCCCUCCCAUGGGCUGCGAGCUAUAGAAGGGCUUGCGAGGGAAAGCAAGAUGAAGGCUGGGUUGCGUCUGCACCUGCCCAUCCAACUUUGCCCUGGGUACGCUGGGCACGGUCUGACCACGGUGGUGAGUCCUGGAACAUGAGGGGAGGGGAGGCGGGCAGUGGAUCUGUGGGUAUGUGGGUGGCAACUUUCAAAACCACCCAAAGGAACUGCAGAAAGAGCUCAGAGAGGUUAAGAGUUCUUUCUGUUUUUGGAAAGGAUUAAAAAACAAACAAACAAACAAACAAACAAACCCUGACCAGGCGCAGUGCUUACGCCUGUAAUCCCAACACUUUGGGAGGCCAAGGAGGGCGGAUCAUGAGGUCAGGAGAUUGAGACCAUCCUGCCUAACAUAGUGAAACCCCAUCUCUACUAAAAAUACA